UUUCUAAAAUUGUAUAUCUGUAUAAUCACAUUGUAAUUUUUCGUUAUUUUAUUCUAUGCGUUUCACUCGAGAAGCGAAACUUAUACAAUUCGAAGAAUACCUAUAUUGAAUACCUAAAAUGUAUAUUUUUAGUUAUAAUUCUAAUACGUUCUUUCUUUUUGUCACAUUCGAUAAUUUUAGUAUUAUUAUUUUUUUUAUAUUACAUAAAAUUAUUGAGUAUGAAAGAACUUUGUAACUAAAAUAUGUAUUCUUUAAAUUGUAUAAUUGUCACAUUUAUAAUUCCAGAAAAGUAAAUGUAUUUCUGUAAUAAUUAUAUAUAUAUAUUUCUUUUAUCAUAUAUAUAAUAAAAGAAAUCUAUUAUUAUAGCGCAAUGAAACAUUUAUUUAUUAUUGCGUGCUUCAAUGUGCAACAUAUAGAAGAUUGUUGAAGUUGAGAACCUUUCAUGAUGAAUUUGAUAUGUUCAGCUUAUUCUUUCUAGUUUCAGUAGCAAUGUUACCCAUUAACUGGUGAUGUUUAUUUAUCGUGCCUUUAUCAUUUCCAUGCAAUGAACUCGAAUUUGUUACACUUUUUAUCAUAAAUAAGAGAAAUACAUCUGCAGCAGCGGUAAUAACGAUAUGCAGAUCAACAAAUUGUACCAGGUGAAGAUGGUCAGCCUAGGCAUUUCAAUCAUCCUUUUAUGCAAUCAUCUUUUAUGUUCAUCGGAGAGAUGAUGUGUCUUGUAGUAUUUAAAGUUCUUUAUCAUUAUUAUAGUCGCAGAGGUGACAACUCUGUAGACAGCAAUCCAUUAACUAAAGGAUCACAUGUAUUUAAUCCUUUUAUUCUACUGAUUCCUGCCUUAUGUGAUACGUGUGCUACUUCUAUUAUGUAUGUUGGUCUGAAUCUGACAUAUGCUAGCAGUUUUCAAAUGUUUCGUGGUGCUGUUAUAAUAUUUACUGCUGUGCUUUCAAUGGGCUUUCUUAAUAAAAAACUAGAGAGUAGAGAAUGGAUGGGUAUAAUAAUGGUUAUAAUUGGUUUAGCUCUUGUUGGGCUUAGUGAUAUAAGUAUAGAAAAAUCAGAUGUCAGCACAAAUUCCAUUUUAACUGGAGAUCUACUUAUCAUAUGUGCACAGGUAUAUUUGGAUUCAUUAGUAUAUGUAUCCUAAUGAUUCCUCUUAACUUUAUACAUGCCCCACCUCCUUUUGCUGAUAAUUCGAGAGGAACGCUCGAAGCUACUAAAGAUGCAUUCAUCCAGAUUGGAAAUAGUGGUCAUUUGCUGAUGGCUAUAGUUGGCAUAUCAUUCAGUAUAGCUUUCUUUAACUUUGCUGGGAUUAGUGUUACCAAAGAAAUUGGUGCUACCACAAGGAUGAUAUUAGAUAGUAUUCGAACAAUUGUCAUAUGGGCUUUCUCUUUAGCAUUUAGGUGGCAAGCUUUCCAUUAUUUACAGCUCAUUGGCUUCAGCGUUCUACUCAUUGGAAUGUGUUGCUAUAACAAUGUUAUUGUACCUCAACUAGUAAGAAAAUGUAGAUAUCAUCUAGGCCGUCAUAGACCACCACCAAAUGAUCGUGAACGAAUUAUUAAUACAGCAGCAGACGACAUUCCAGAAACUCAAUAAAGAUAUAUUUCUCUUCAAGUGUGAAUGUUCACGUUUUAUGAUACUGAGAACUAUUAUAUAGUUCUCGCACGAAGCUCUAAUGCAUAAAGUAUUUUUAGUUUUAUUCGUAAAAUUGAUUUGUCAAAACUAGUAAUUUUAUAAAGUUAAUUAAUUAGCAUAACAUUUUUCAAAAUGCAUAUUGCAAGAAGAAAAUUUCAAUUUGUCUUAUCUUUUUAGUUGAAUGUAAACUAUAGUAUUUUAUAUAUAAAUAUUUUAUACGAGUUCUUUAAAAGUGCAUUAUUGAAAAAGAAAUUUUUAUACACCA